CGGGCCCCACGGCUGCGAACUGAGCUGGCGCGGGGAGGGAGGGACGAGGCAAGCGCAGGCGAGCGAACGGGCGAGAGAGGCAGAGUGCGAGCCGCCGCCGGGGCGCCGGGAGGCAGAGGCACUCGGGACCGCCUUCCGGAGCCGGGAUUCAUGCCUGUCCUCGGGACCAGCGAAGGGGUCUUGACGGCUGAGUAUGAGCCAGGCUGCUAGGAGCCAGGUACCCCCACGCCUGCAGUCCCCGCGCCGUUCCCGGUAUGCGAGCUGGACGCAGGGCUCUCCCAAGUUCCCUCCGAGCCGAAUAAAAAGCGUCCGCCCGCAGCUCUCCGCCAAAGACGGACGUUGACUCCAGGACUCCACAGAAUGGAGCAAGAAUGAGAGGAAAAAGGCCGGCAGAAAAGCAUGAACUGGAGGUUUGUUGAGCUCCUCUACUUCCUGUUUGUAUGGGGCCGUAUCUCAGUGCAGCGCUCCCACCAGGAACCAGCUGCAACAGACCAACAUGUCUCCAAGGAAUUUGAUUGGCUUAUCUCAGACAGGGGGCCUUUCCACCACUCCAGGAGCUACCUAUCCUUUGUGGAAAGACACCGUCAAGGAUUUACAACCAGAUAUAAAAUAUACAGGGAGUUUGCCCGUUGGAAGGUGAGGAACACAGCCAUCGAGAGGAGAGACCUGGUCCGCCACCCCGUGCCCCUCAUGCCGGAGUUUCAGAGGAGCAUCCGGCUGCUCGGCAGGAGACCCACCACUCAGCAGUUCAUCGACACCAUCAUCAAAAAGUACGGCACCCACCUGCUCAUCUCUGCCACCCUGGGAGGGGAGGAGGCCUUGACCAUGUACAUGGACAAAAGUCGCCUGGACAGAAAGUCAGGGAAUGCCACCCAAAGUGUUGAAGCUCUGCACCAGCUUGCAUCGUCCUACUUUGUUGACCGUGAUGGCACCAUGAGGAGGCUCCAUGAGAUCCAGAUAUCAACCGGAGCAAUCAAGGUCACAGAGACACGCACCGGGCCCCUGGGCUGUAACAGCUACGACAAUCUGGACUCUGUGAGUUCCGUCCUUCUGCAGAGCACCGAGAGCAAACUGCACCUUCAAGGUCUUCAGAUCAUCUUCCCUCAGUAUCUGCAGGAGAAGUUCGUCCAGUCGGCCUUGAGCUACAUCAUGUGCAACGGCGAGGGGGAGUACGUCUGUCAGAACAGCCAGUGUCGAUGCCAGUGUGCCGAGGAGUUCCCGCAGUGCAACUGCCCCAUCACGGACAUCCAGAUCAUGGAGUACGCGCUGGCCGGCAUGGCCAAGUCGUGGGCCGAAGCCUACAAGGACCUGGAGGACUCAGAUGAGUUUAAAUCGUUCAUGAAGCGUCUCCCUAGCAACCACUUCCUGACCAUCGGGAGCAUCCACCAGCACUGGGGCAAUGACUGGGACCUGCAGAACCGCUACAAGCUUCUGCAGAGCGCCACAGAGGCCCAGAGGCAGAAGAUCCAGCGCACCGCCCGCAAGCUCUUCGGCCUCAGCGUCCGCUGCCGCCACAACCCCAACCACCAGCUGCCCAGAGAGAGGACAAUUCAGCAGUGGCUUGCGAGGGUCCAGUCGCUUCUCUACUGCAACGAGAACGGGUUCUGGGGCACCUUCCUCGAGAGCCAGAGGAGCUGCGUGUGCCACGGCAGCACCACGCUGUGCCAGCGCCCCAUCCCCUGCAUCAUCGGCGGGAACAACAGCUGCGCCAUGUGCAGCCUGGCCAACAUCUCGCUCUGCGGCUCCUGCAACAAGGGCUACAAGCUGUACCGAGGCCGCUGCGAGCCGCAGAACGUGGACUCGGAGCGCAGCGAGCAGUUCAUCAGCUUCGAGACCGACCUGGACUUCCAGGACCUCGAGCUGAAGUACCUGCUGCAGAAGAUGGACUCGCGCCUGUAUGUCCACACCACCUUCAUCAGCAACGAGAUCCGCCUCGACACCUUCUUCGACCCCCGGUGGCGCAAGCGCCUGUCCCUCACUCUCAAGAGCAACAAGAACCGCAUGGACUUCAUCCACAUGGUGAUCGGCAUGUCCAUGCGCAUCUGCCAGAUGCGCAACAGCAGCCUGGACCCCAUGUUCUUCGUCUACGUCAACCCGUUCAGCGGGAGCCACUCGGAGGGCUGGAACAUGCCCUUCGGCGAGUUCGGCUACCCGCGCUGGGAGAAGAUCCGCCUCCAGAACAGCCAGUGCUACAACUGGACUCUGCUGCUGGGCAACCGGUGGAAAACGUUUUUCGAGACGGUCCACAUCUACCUACGCAGUCGGACUCGGCUCCCGACCCUCCUGCGCAAUGAGACUGGCCAGGGCCCGGUGGACCUGUCCGACCCCUCCAAGAGGCAGUUCUACAUCAAGAUCUCGGAUGUGCAGGUGUUCGGGUACAGCCUGAGGUUCAACGCCGACCUCCUGCGCAGCGCCGUGCAGCAGGUCAACCAGUCCUACACGCAGGGCGGCCAGUUCUACUCCUCUUCGUCCGUCAUGCUCCUCCUGUUGGAUAUUCGGGACCGAAUCAAUCGCCUGGCCCCCCCUGUAGCCCCGGGAAAACCCCAGCUGGACUUGUUCUCCUGUAUGCUGAAACACCGCCUGAAACUGACCAACAGCGAGAUCAUCAGGGUGAACCACGCCCUGGACCUCUACAACACCGAGAUCCUCAAACAGUCGGAUCAGAUGACAGCCAAGCUCUGCUAACGCGGGCUCCUGGCCGCGGGCGUUCCCUUUUGUUCUACAAACUGAACAGAACCAAGCGAAGCAAAACAAACGCACAUUUGUAAAAUGUAAUUACUAUUCAAAGGAAAGGAGGAAAAGUCUUCACUUGUUGGAAACGAAAAAACGUUCUAGCAACUGUAUAAAACCGUGGGGCAUGUUUGUUAUUUCUAUACUCUGUCGUGAGGAAGGGUCUCAGUCUGGGGAGGAGCUCGGAGGGAGGUGCUGCUUAGGCCUCAGGUGCUGUAUUGAGUGGGGGGGAUGGGAGAGAGCAUAUGCAACGAAUUGUAAAGAUCUCUGCUAUGCAGGUGCUAAGAUGAAACAGGAAACAGAAAGCUAUAUGUAAUGUACAACCCACACUGCCAUUUUUCCUCGUGGGAGGAAAUGGACAUAGAUAAAGAAGAUAUUUCUUCGGUUAUGAUUUCUUCCCUCUUUAUGCUGAAUUCCUUGUGGUUUUUUUUUUUGACUCCUCCGCACAUGAGGGUGGAGAUUCCGUGAC